CGGUAAGUGGCAACGACUGACAGGGACAAGUUUCUUCCCUUGAUUUUCGAGGCACAUGUUGACAGCAAACAACGGUAGGCAGCAAAAGUACCCUCUCCGGUCCGGAGUCAGACCGUUGUGAUAUAACCAUGCCCUUGGCCGGCCCCUGCGCGAGCCAUAUUUCUCCCUCGUUUUCGAUCAAUUUUUUCGCCUUGCGUGCCGUACCGUUCUGACAGUACACCAUACCCGGACCGCCUUUCGAAAAUGAAUCCAGCCAGCAACAGGGCAAUGUCUCCCUCAGUGGAUGAAGCAGGGAGUCUGUCGCCCACCAACUCUCGCGAUGACGACGAGAACUCGCAGCAUCCCCGCAAGCGUCAGCGGGUCCGCCUGAGCUGCCUCGAGUGUCGUCGGAGGAAGCUGUCCUGCGACAGAGGCUACCCGUGCCAGCGGUGUCUGAAGAGCGGCACCCCCGACCGCUGCACCUACGAGACCAAGUCGGGAGUCGUCUUGAACGCGAGCUCCGGUGUGCCGCCUGCCUUUGCCCAGCUCGACUCGCGGAGGAACGGCGAAUUGGCCAUGCCCGGCAAGGAGGCCGACAUGUCCGUCAUUCGCGAGGCAGCCAAGGACCAUGACCGCAUCCGCCGCCUGGAGCUCGAGGUUUCUCAGCUCAAAACCCAGCUCACACGACAAGUCAUGUCUUCAUUCGACGGAAGCACCGUAGCCGGUACAAACUCACCACACACCCAGAAGGAUGAGAUCGGCGAAACUCCCCAGGACCCCUGCGCCAACAACUCGGAACUGCAGUCCUGCUGGCAUCAGUACAGCGAUGGGGACAAGUCGGAGAUCCGAUUCUUCAGAGGAAAGGAAUUCAGGACGCGGUAUUUUGGCCCUCACAACGCCACGAUGGCCUUCAUCGAGUUGACUGGCCUGUGUCCCUUUAUGAAGGAGACGGCCGAUGAGUGGCUGAAGCCGGUCAAGGCACAUGACCGCAAAGACCGCAAGAAGCGCAAGGAGGAUCGGGACAAGUUUUACCUUCAGCCCGACCCCCAUCUUGAGUCUCUGCUGCCGCCCAAGGACCACUGCGACGCGCUGGUGGAGGUCUAUAUUGACCAGUUUGAGCAGAUGCACCGCAUCAUUCACAUACCUACGUUCCGUCGGGAAUACUCACAGUUCUGGGAGAACCCGACCGAGUCACGCUGCGCCGCCCUCACUGCUCUCGUCUUGGCAAUCUGCGCCGUAACGAACUGCAUCCACACUCAUGAGUCUCUGAGAUUCACGGGCAUGAUUUCCAACGCGCAUGCCGCUGCCGAGAAGUGGGUCAAGGCCGUCGAGGAGUGGCAGAGCCGUCAGAGCAUGAAGCACCGCAAGCUCAUCCACUACCAAAUCGCCUGCCUGUUGUAUCUCAGCAAGCGCGUCAACACGCUGAAGAAGAAGCGCUUCUGGACAAACUCGGGCGCCCUCAUUCAAGACGGAAUCUCGGUCGGCUUGCACAGGGAGCCCAGCCACAUGUCGGGCAGGAUCUCGGUGUACAACCAGGAGAUGAGGCGGAGGAUCUGGGCGACGGUCCAGGAGUUUGACAUGCAGGCGUCCUUCGACCACGGCCUGCCCACGCUGGUGAGCCAGCUGCACUACGACGUGCAACCGCCGAGGAAUCUGGACGACGAGGACUUUGACGAGGACACGACACAGCUACCCCCGUCCAAGCACGGGAAGGAAUACACGUAUUCUUCGUACCAGAACCUGGCCCGUCAGAGCCUGCCCCUGCGUAUGGAGCUGAGCCGGCUUCUCUGCGGAUCGCCGGGGGAGAUUGACUACGACCAAGUCAUCCGCUACACGAACGACAUCACGCACGAAAUCGACUCUCUGCCCUCUUGGGAACACAACAACAACAACACGCACGGCGGCAAGCGGCCGCUUCUCGCCUAUACCCUGCUGCACAUCCAGCUCCGCCAGUACAUCAUCCCCCUGCACCAACCCUUCCUCAAGCUGCGCAAGUCCAACGCCAAGUACCAGUACUCGGAAAUCAUCUACUACAACGCCGCGCGAGACAUUGUCCUUUUGCACGACAAGCUCUACGAGCAAGGCAUCCGGUGCCUCAACUUCCUCCGCGAAGAUGCCCUCACGACGGCCGUCAACCUCUGCAGCGUCACCAUGCUGCAGCCGCGCGGCUCGACCAACAUGAUCAUGAUCAACUCCCAGCACACUGUCAAGCUUCUCGAGAAGUGCCUCUCGAUGAAGGAAGACAGGCUCCUCCGGUGCGGCAACACCGAGCCGUGGGGCUACUCCAUCAUGUGCUCGGCGCUCGGCCUGCUCGAGGCGCAUCUGGGCACGAAGACCACCGAGCAGGCCAAGGCCUCGUCCGCCGAGCGGUUCGUCAACCUACACUACAAGCUGCUGGCGAACCAGGAGCCCCCAGUAUCGAGCCAGCCGUCGGAACUCUCCAAGAUUCCCGGCUUGGAGGUCCCAGAGAGACCAAAGUCGGUCACGCCCUUCUCUUUCCAGGGCUACCCGCCGUCGCAGAACACCGUCGACGGGCUCCUCCCUCAGCCGCUUCCGUGGAUGUCCGCGUCCAUCGACCCGCAGGCGCAGUCGUUCAAUCCCGACUUUAGUCUUGAAGCUUUGGGAUUGAACUUGAACGAGUUGUGGGGAGAAUCGUGGGACUUUAGCUGAGGCGUCUUUUUUCCCAUCACGGUGGUUCGACGGCCCUCUUGAUAUGGCAACAACGGGGUGUUGUGCAAGGCGCCCCAAGGGGGGUAUGGUAUCCCUGGGUUAUGGAGGACGAAAAUCCGUCCCGGGUUACGGUUAAGAUGUUCGGAAAGCUUGUGAUACCCAUCUCAGUACCUCUCUCUGCAGAUCUAUGUAUUAAUGAUGUACAAACGUAUCGGUCUUGACUCGCGGAGGACACAGCCACGGCGCCAUAUUCCGCAUUCUCACAGCGCUACGGCAAUAAGACGACAAACAUUUCAACUGGUUCUUUAUUUUACCUUAUCGAUGGUCCCUCCUGGCUAUCGUUACCUUCCCAUCUCAUGUGUGCGUAAGCACCGAUAUCCGG